AUGGUUGAGCAAAUGUUCUCGUCCCACUAUUUAGUUAGCCCUGACUUGUCAUACAUCCAAGAGGACUUUCAGCAACAGGCACCUGUUAGAGACUCUAUUAAUUUGAGUCUUAAAUUUGGCAACUCAAAAGGGAUCAGUGGCUAUUGCAGCUACGCUAGCUCUAGUAGCAACAUCAAUUCUGGCAAUAACAUUAGCAUGGCAGGUGAGAAUAGCAACAACCAUAUUUGUAAUAACAAUAGUAACUAUAACAAUAUCAAUAGUAUUGCCCUGGACGCAAACUUUGGUAGUUGGCCGAAUGGGACUACCGGAUUAUGGAGCCCAACUGGAUAUACUCAUUUCUCCAAGGAUCUUGAGCUGGAUUCGAUUUCCAAUCUUGAAACAGAGUUUUCGUCCCCCUUUAUGGUAUUUGAUGCUGACAAUUUAAAUUCACACUUUAAUUCAAAUGAACGCUUUAUUUCUGAAGUUGAUAAAUUUAAUACAACAGACUACGGAUCAGAGAAUACUUUUUUUAACUCUCAUCUGCUGUCAAGCCCUCGCAAGAGAUCGGUUAUAAGCUGUGAUGAUAGUGUUUCAACCUCUUCAACCUUGACGACCCCGGAGGCUGAUUCUGGUUCGGCAUCCGAAGAACAAAUAACAGAUUAUCAUCUAGAUAUAAAGACGGCUAUAAAGUUGGCAACUAAUGCUAUCAGUAACUCCACAAACUCUGACCGUAGGGGACCUGUUAAAAGAUUCGAAAGCGUCUCCGAUAAUCUAAUAAAAAGGUUUUCAAAACAAUCACUUACUAAGACGCUUCCUAAAAAUGGCUCUCUCAUCUGCACUCAUUGUAAUGAGACUUUUUCGUGCCACUUAGACAUGGCCAGCCAUUUCGAUCAGUUUAAGCUAAUCAGAUCUCAUAAAUGUCCUAUUAGCUCAUGCCCUUUCAACAUUAUUGGUUUUGAGAAAAAGGCAUUUUUAAGACAUCACUUAAUCUCGCAGCACUUCAAAAAAGGCUAUCUUAUUCCGGAAUUUAAUCAGUAUGGCAAAGAAAUUCACUCCAUGAUCUAUAAAUGCGAUGAAAACGCUUGUGGUAAAUGUUUUUAUCGUAAAGAUUCGUUGUCUCGUCAUAUAAAGCUUGUUCACAACAAUAAGUCUUCAAAGUUCAAUAGAAAAAUUGAAAGAGAAAAGCAGUUUCUGAGAAUAAAGAAGACAAUCGAGUUAUAG